AUGAAAUAUAAUUAAUAAUCUAUAGAUACAAAUAGCGUCAUAGAAACUGUCAAGAGAGACUUAUAAUUGGUAAUAAAUAAGAUUUUUUUAUGGAUAUAAAAAGCAAUAUUUUUAAUCAAUAAAAGAAAAAUUUAAAUAAUAUAUUCAAAAGAUUUGAAGUAAUUAUAAAGCUUACAAAUAAAUAGAAAUAAAACCUUCAUAUAUAGGGUUAAGAUUCUACGAAAGAAAAAAAAUUGUUUAUUUGAUUGGAAUUAACAUUUAUAUUUAGAUUUAUAUAUGUGCAUUUAUAUAAUUUUUUUGAUUAAUAAUAUUUAUGCUUAUAAUAUUAUACUACUAUUUUGUUAAUAUUUUCCUGUGAAUAGUAUCAAUAAGUUAUUUUAAGCCCUUUUUUGCUUUCUUUUUAAUCUAUCCGGGCAAAAAGAGAUAGAUCAAUAAUAAAGAUAAUUUAUUAGUUUGAAUAUUUACCAAUUUUUUUUCCCAUCACCAAAAUCUCUUCAUUACCAUCAAAAGAUAAUAAUAAUCCUGAAAAUUAAAAUUUAAUUAACAAUAAAUAUUAAAUAUUAGCUUAAUAAGCUAUUUAUUAAUGUUCACUUUUGCGUCCAAAGUCUUGAAAAGCUAGAAUUGUGUUAAUUAAUGGGAGUAGUGCAGAAAUCACUUAAUUAUAAUUUUUGCUUCAAUUUUUUUUAAAAAGAUUAUUAUUUUUUAAUCAAUUAUGGAUUUAUUUUUACAAACAACCAUAUCAUAUUUACUCAAAAUAAUCUAAUUCAUAAUGGUAAAUACACGAUUACUUUUCGAAUGUAAAGACUUGUUCUUACUUAGAUAAGACAAGCAAAUUAGAGUUAGUUGAGUAUCUGA